AAAUCUUGUGCUUUUGAUUUGUUAAGAAGAAAGUCAACAUACGCAAAUUAAAUUACACUUAUCAGCAACCUUAUACUCCUACAACUUAUCCUCUCAUAAAAUAGAGAAGCAAAAUACAAAACCACUUCAGUUUCAUCUCCUCUUUUUCAAAAUUUUGUUGCCUUGGUAAUUCUUGGCAAAUUCGAUCUACCAUAUUAUCCUAUAACUUUCUCGUUUCUUAUCAUACGAAAAUUGGAUGAUCGAAGCAUACCAUCAAUUUAAAAUUCACAAGUCGAGUACGAAAUUGAAGACAGGGGAGAAGAUCAUCCAGCUCUCUCGUAUCACAUAUGUUUCAUACAUUUGACUCAGUUCAUCAAAUUAAUCUAGCAUGGAUUCCAAAAGGCACAAGCAAAUAAGAUUUUAUGAAAACAAUGGAAAUGACUUACUAAUGAAAUCAUCAGAUACACCCUCUUCAACAUACAAACAGACCACUCCUUUAACUACAAGCAUUCGAAACCACGACGACGAUGAGAACGAAACAUGGUGGAAACGGACCUUGGAUCCCUCAAGCGAGGUAGCCUUAAUGUGGAACCGUAUCUUCCUAGUAGCCUGCAUCAUCGCGCUAUUCAUUGAUCCUUUGUUCUUUUACGUUCCUGGAGUUGACACAAAUAAUGAAUCAUUUUGUAUGGCAAGGGAUUUGGAAUUAGGUGGUGUUGUGACCAUUAUUCGUACCAUCACUGAUGUGUUCUAUCUGUUACAUGUUCUUCUGAGGUUUCGUACGUCUUUUAUAUCGCCGAGUACACGAGUGUUUGGAAAGGGUGAGCUUGUGAAGGAUGGCAAGGAGAUUGCAAGAAGAUAUGUUACAUCUGGUUUUUUCAUUGAUUUCAUUGCUGCUUUGCCUCUUCCACAGAUUGUGAUAUGGUUCAUCAUUCCAGCCAUUAAGCACUCUAAGUCCAGAAGUACAGAUAAUGCACUUCAGCUAAUUGUUUUCAUUCAAUAUUUUCCGAGGGUAUAUAAGAUUUUUACGUUGAGUUCUGAUAUCGUCAAAGCUACUGGAGUUGUCACGAAAACUGCUUGGGGUGGAGCUUCUUAUAAUCUGCUAUUGUACAUUUUAGCUAGUCAUGUUGUCGGGGCAGCUUGGUAUCUAAUGUCCAUAGAAAGAUACUCAUCGUGCUGGAGAUCGGCUUGUAGAGAUGAAGAAUCACCCAUCAAAUGCCAACUGAGAUACUUGGAUUGUAGUACUAUAAAUGAUAAUGAUCGUAUCGUUUGGAGAAAUAACACCCAAGUAUUUACUAAGUGUGAUCCGCAUAACAAAGAUGUUAUCUUCGACUUUGGGAUAUUUGAAGUUGCAUUAGAAAAAGGCAUUACCUCUGAAAGAUUUAAGAUCAAGUACUUGUAUUGUUUAUGGUUUGGAGUACAGCAGUUGAGCUCGUUUGGUCAGGAAUUGGAGACAAGCACAUUCAUCCUGGAAACCGUGUUUUGCAUAGUCAUAGCCAUAUUGGGUCUGAUUUUGUUUGCUCUCUUAAUCGGUAACAUGGAGACCUAUUUGCAAUCUCUCACUUCGAGGCUCGAGCAAUGGAGGCUUAGGAAACGCGACACAGAAGAAUGGAUGAAACAUCGGCAGCUACCUCCACAUUUGCAACAAAGAGUGAGGCGAUAUGUUCAGUACAAAUGGCUGGCAACACGAGGAGUCAAUGAAGAAGCAAUACUAAGCUCCUUGCCAUUAGAUCUACGUCGUGAUAUUCAAACACAUUUGUGCUUAGAUCUCAUUCGACGAGUUCCUUUCUUUGCACAAAUGGAUGGUCAAUUACUAGACGCCAUAUGCGAGCGGCUCAAAUCUUCACUAAACACUGCAGGCACUUACAUUGUCCGCGAGGGAGACCCCGUUACAGAAAUGUUGUUUAUCAUACGAGGAAAACUAGAGAGUUCGACAACAGAUGGAGGGCGGUCAGGGUUUUUCAACUCGAUCACAUUAAGACCAGGUGAUUUUUGUGGCGAAGAGCUUCUAGCAUGGGCUCUUCUUCCGGAUGCUACUCAUUAUCCAUCCUCUACAAGAACAGUCAAGGCCAUCGAAGAAGUUGAAGCCUUCUCAUUAGAAGCCGAACACCUUAAAUACGUGGCGAACCAAUUUAGGCGUCUGCAUAGUAAAAAGCUGCAGGACACUUUCCGUUACUACUCUCACCAGUGGAGGUCAUGGGGUGCCUGUUUUAUUCAAGCUGCUUGGAGACAGUACAAGAGAAAGAUGGAGCAAAUUAGUCCGAGCUUGAGCUCGAGCUCAAGCAAUAGCCAGAACAAGUCAUUGCUAUCUGUUUCCUUUACUCAAUCGACUUCAUUUGAUCACAAUGAUGAAGAUCAUAAUGAUCAAAGUAGUGCUGGGGAACUCGAAACUUCAUCUCUUAAUAUACAACGAUUGGCGAGAAGAUUUGUGAGGAAUGCUCGAAAAAGUGGACAAAGGGACAUGGAUAUUGAGUUGCCGAAGAUAAAGAAGCCUCAAGACCCUAACUUUUUUGCAGAUCAUUGAGCACAAUACUCCCUUUCUCUUACUACUUUUCGCUUUUCUUUCUUUUUUUUUCUACCGAAGAAGAUCCAGUACUAGUGCCUUAAAGUGAAAAAAAUGUGUAGAUGAAGUGUAUUCUUUGAUGAUUUACUUUUAGGGGGCGUUUGGUUCGCACGGGGUAAUCGAAAUGAAAUGAACAAAGGGAAAGAAUCGGAAUGGAAUGAAAAACCCCAAAUUUUGCUAUGUUGUUUGUUUUGAAUAACAAAGGGAAACAAGCCACCAUACCACCAUUCCACCAACCAGCCAAUAACACCACCACCUCCACCAGUCAGCCACCUUUUUCCCCUUCCCCUUCGCAGCCGGUGCACGGCACAACUUCACCACCACCUCCACCAGUUAGCCGCCUGAAACUCGCAUCCCCCAUCCCGGCGUGAAAUCAGUAACCCAUCUCCAACCCCUUUGGCUGAAACCCGUAACCCAUCCCAUCCCUCGCCUGAAACGGCACCGACAUCCAGUUCGCACCACGCCCUCUCCUUUCAAUUACACUUGCUGAUUCCGACGUUAUUCAGCGAAAGCUCUUUGUUCGAGGUCUUGGCCCGACUACAACCACGGGUGGGAGGAUGGGCGGCGAAGGGCAGCGAGGGUCGGGGGAAGGUCGACGACCAUCCGGCGAGGUGAAGUGAGUUCCGGCGAGGUGCAGCAAGCUCCGACGAGAAGCAUCCAGUUGAUAGAGUAUGGUGGUUGGGGAAUGGGAAUGCAAAAGGUAGGGGGUGGGGAAUGGGUUUAGGAGAUUUUUGGGUAAACCCAAAAAUAAAAUGGGGGAAUGGGAAUGACAAAUAAGUGAAAACAAACACUAACUAAGGGAAUCAUUCCCAUUCCCUUUCCCCAUUCCGGCGAACCAAACGGCCCCUUAAUACUUUUAUUAGGCAAUACCUAACCAAUGAAGUCUUGGUCUUUUGGCAAAGACUGAGGGUUUGUGUACGUUUAAUCAUAGUUAGGUUCAAAUUCUCAUUCCCCAUUUGUACUUUGUAAUUAGUAAGUGUGAUACUCUCUCUGUCAAAUUCUCGUAGUAAAUUGUCAUUAAACCAAAA